GUCUCAGCAUACUCAGUCGCUAGAGGAACCCUGGCCCAGAACGCGAUAGCGUUGACUAGUCACUGAUUUCCGGGUGUGGGCGCGCUCCCGUGUGGCGCACCCUGAGUUUCACAAAGCCUUUCUUGAACCUUAAGACCAGCCAAAGAUGUGGGGAUGGGGCGCGGGUUGGGGCGCGGCCACGACCGCCACCCCCAGCGCGACUGCUGCUGACAAUUACACGGACAAAGACGCGUUCUGGUACCUCACGCCCAGCGAGGAACAGAAGGCUGCGCUUAGCAAACUCCGCGAGCAGCUCACGGCGGAGAAUUUAAUAGUGCCGGACCACGACGCCGACAUUACUUUGUUGCGCUUCCUUAUGGCGCGGGACUUCAACGUGGACAAGGCCCUGUCCAUGUACCGGGACAUGCGCGCCUGGCGCCAAUCGGAGGGCAUCACAGGGCUGUACCGGGACGACCCCGCGGGAGAGCAGUUCCCGGAGAUGGAGGCGCUGCUGGAGGUGUACCCACACUUCACCUUCAACACUGACAAGUUCGGCCGGCCGGUGUAUGUGGAGAUGCUGGGGCGCACGGACGCCGCCAAGCUGUUCGAGGUCAUCUCAGUGGAGCGACUCAUCAGGUACCACUGCUGGACCUGGGAGCGAUACCUGCGCUGCUACCUCCCCGCCUGCUCCGCCGCCGCGGGCCGCCCCAUCUGCACCACCACCGUCAUCAUCGACCUGGCCGGCCUCAGCCUGGCGCACUUCAACGCCGCCACGCAGCGGCUGCUCAACACCUUCUCCAAGAUCGACCAAGACUACUACCCGGAGCACCUGGGCACCAUGUUCAUCAUCAACACGCCGCUCAUCUUCCGCGGCAUGUGGGCGGCGGUGCAGCCUCUGCUGCAGGAGCGCACCCGCAAGAAGAUCAUCAUGCUGGGGGCGGACUACCUGCCCGAGCUCACCAAGCUGGUGCCGGCGGAGCGGCUGCCCGACCUGCUGGGGGGCGGCGGCAGGAUGCAGCGCGGGUACAAGAGCGUGGGGCCGUGGAGGUCGCCCGACCCCGCGCAGCAGCGGGAGGAGGGGCCGGCGGAGGUGCAGGCGCAGGCGGAGGCGGGGCAGCAGGAUGAGGACGGGGCGCGGCAGGGAGCGCAGCAGCUGCAGGAGGCGCCGCAGGUGGGGCGGGAGGGCGUGGUGGUGUCCAUAAGCACGGCAGGGGAUCUGGGCGCGCCGGAGGGGGAAGGCGGGAAGGGCAAGGCGGCGACGGUAGAGGCGGCGGAGGCGGAGGUGGAGACCUCCGUGGGUGGGAAAGUGGGUGAGGUGGCCGUGGCGGCGAUGGCAGCCCUCACUGUGCAGGCAUGAGCAGGGGAGGAGGCGGACCACAAAGCUGGCAGGCGCAAGGCUGGUAUGGGGUUCAGCAGUUUCAGUGGCCUUACAUACGGUAGCAUCAUUUUCUUGAUUGUGACGUAGAGUACCGUAGUACUGCUUGUGCUGUGAAUUUGGGGAGCGGUGGCAAUAAUCCCGGGACAGCCACGGAGCCGCACAAUGCGUGUGGCAUGAACCUUGCACAUGCACAGGGGUCGGACUGUCGGAGCCUCGUCGUGGGGCGUUGAUAUCGGGCAUGAUGGAAUGAGCAUAGCUUACAUUGUGGCACUGCGUUGUUCUUGGCAGCGCGACGUUGUUAUGGUUUGGCCACUAGCACUGGUAUUACGGUAUGCGGCUGGCGAUAAUUUGCGGCGGCAGCGCACGGCCGCAGAAAUUGGCCGCAUAGUUAGACCGGGUUUGACAUCUCGAACAUUUGGACUACGUCGCGGGCGCGGGGGCGCAGGUGUUGCAUAAGGGAGGCACGGCCCGGAUGGCACACGGAGCGCAGUAGAGGCCCCCACUCAGGCUCGCCAGGGCUAACGUUGCGGGGGGAGAUUUGACUGGACUGUGGGUGUGAUGCAAAAUGGGCGGGUGGGCGUAACAAUUUCGGGGACGUGUCCAUGGAUGGAAGCCCGCGCAGGUGAAAUGGUGCAGGCAGGCAGCAACCACACAGCCUCUCGAGAUCGGUCGAUAAGCAGGAUUGCGGUUUCAAGUGGAGGGGUUGAUUCCCCCUCCCCUAAGCGGUCAGCUGUCGGUCGGUCAGUCCCUGGGGUCCCCGAGGGGUUUGGAGGGGUGGGGUUGAGCACUUGCUCCCCCCCCCGGCAUAGCACUGAUCAGCACUCCAUACGGAAUAAGGUCUUUAUGG